AUUCAAAGAUACAAAAAUAUUUUACAGAAAGUUCAUAAAAUAAAAUGCUGGCUUGGGCGCCACCUGACGAAAUAUUUGUCAAUUGUCCCGGAAUUAUUGAAAUCAGGUGGAAAUAUGAUGAUCCAUUGAUCUGUAAACCCUCAGUUGAUCUCUUUGAUGAACAGAAGAAAGGAAAGGGGUUAUCUGAGUCCCACGGAAAGAAAGAUAAACAAACUUCAGAACAGUCUUACUUCCGUUGCCUGCUUUGUGAGUGUGAUCUAAUGUCUGUGAUAACAUUGCGAGCACACAAGGGAGGCGCCCAACAUACUCUAAAGGCCCUGAAGAAGUAUGGAGAAUAUAAGAAGGAACUUGCUAAUCGUCCCAAUAGAGAACCAAGUCCACAGGUAGAGUCCAAGUUCUUAGAUCUCUACGCGGCUCUGGAGCACAAACAAACAGAUAUUGUUGGAUUCAAAUAUAUAACUGAGUACUGUGAUGAUACCAAUCCGAAUCAUAAUCCUCUAUAUCACUGUAGCUUAAGGGACUGCAGGAAUGCGCAAGGAGAUGCUGAAUUCAUGCAACGCCAUAUGAUGAAGUUAAUACACCGAGGAUCCUGGGUCGAGGCCACAUCUGGUAUGUAUAUGGCUAGGAGCGAGGAUGUAAUAGCAUAUGUUCGAAACCAUAGCGAGAGUUUACAGGGUGAUUACUGCAAGAUGAACCAGGUCAACAACAGAGAGAAGUACUUGCAGUGUAAAGAUAAGAGAAUAUCGGUUAGUCCUCUGCGUGAAUCAAUAAAAAGGGAGAGGCCGGUCGAGUACGAUCGACCCUUCUCACCAGAACGAAAAUAUAAGCGUGAACGAUCUGCUUCCAUGCAUCGAUCACGAUCGCCCAAUGAUUUUUCAAGGAGUUCACCUGACAGUUUUCGUUCUAGAAGUUCAAGAGAUGGGUCAGGAUCCUCCAGAGAAGGUUCUAGGAACUCAAGAAGUCGAUCCAGUGAGAUCAGAGAUCGACGGAGAUCCUCCCGAGAUCGUUUGAGGUCCCCCCGAGAUCGGUCUAGGUCCUCGCGAGAAAGGUCUAGGUCCUAUCAAGAUCCUUCCUCUGCUGCCAGUUCAGGAAUUGACAGUCUUGGUGAGGAGAGUAGUAUGGAAAUUAAAACCGAGAGAAGGCCGAGGAAGGACGAUCAAACUUCAUCCAGAGUUAAAGUAGAAUAUGGAUCUGAACCUGGAUCAAGGCUGAAUCCAGGAUCAGAUGAAGAUGUCAGUAUUCUCAAGGAGAGGGGAUCCUUUGACUUUAAAGAUGUCUCGAACAUUAAACCUGAUACACAACCGGCUCAAGUAGAUACUGUCGAGUUCGUAACUGCAUUUGCUCCGGAAAAACCGGUUUUAUCAGAAAAGGAAAUUGUUCUAGACUUUCACAAGCAGGUUGCUGAUUGUGUUAAAAGCCAGUUGAAUAAACACUAUCCGGAGUGUGAUUAUUAUGAACCAGGAUUUAAACGUAUUAGUAAACAAGAAUAUGUUACCCUCGCUAAAUCUUUCAGUCAUGACUUGAGAGACAAGUUAAAAGCAGCUUACUUAGAUUACAAUCAAAGUUAUGAGGGUCUAACUAUGACAUCCGACUAUAAAACCAGUAUCACGGUUGAAAUACAAUCUUAUUUUGACCGCCAGCGGUAGUAUACAAAGAUUUACUUGACCGCCAGCCAGCAACGGUAGUACAAUCAAUCUCAACCUCAUCAGUCACGCUGGAAUCUAAAGAUUGAUUCGAACUCUUGUUCACAUAACUACUUAGAGACAAUGGAGAUAAUUGAUUUUUUUUUAUGAUCUAUAGUCGUUAUCACAGUCUGUAGCCUUUCACAGUCUUAUGCUUUACCCUGGUAAUAAUACACCUACUCCGAAACUACGAAAUUCAACUCCUUCCAAUCUACAGACUUAUCAAUGUGUUACGUGCAAUUCCAUUUCCUUGCAACUGCAAUAAAUAUAGUUUCGAAAAAUUGGGAAACUUCAGGGAUGUAUAUUUCCUAAAAAAUCAUUCCCCCUUUUAGAAAAUCAUUUUUGUUCCCCAGAAUUCAUACAUGGUUGCACGAAGCGUUAGAAUAUUUUUAGUGGGUUUGCAUUUCCCAAGAAUUUCUUUUUUCUUUUUGUGUAGUUGUGUAGUUGACUAUAAUGGCUAAAACUUUUGAAAUCUUCUGAACGUAUAGUAGCGGGGAGGAAGACAAUGUGUAAACCUGUUCAGUUGUGGUUUGAAACUUCUUUUUUAUGUUUGAAAGGAAUUGUUAUAUCUUUACUCUUCCUUUAUGCUUUAUGUUGUUUUCUUUCCAUUUACAAUUUUAAAAAUCUAUUUUUUAUUAUUUAAUUUUAAGUAUUGUUGGCUGUUAAGUGCAGUGCAAUGUUUUAUUUUUUUUUACUUUUGUUAAAUAUUAUAAUUAUUUUGGAAGAUCAUGCUCAAUGGUAAUUAGUAUGAUAGCAAUGCUCGAAUCUCUGUUCACAAAGAGAAAUUAUUUUAAUUGGUUUCAAUGUUAGAUGACAUUGCUAAUUGUUAUGGAUAUACAUUUAUGAUGCGUGGAGUCUUCAGCAUAAGCAUUUAUUCCCGUUCUUACUUAUUGUACAUUUAUUUUUACCUACAAAUUAAAGUAUGUUUUGUUAUUUGGCAACAAAAUUAAAGUUUUUAAUCAUGAUUCGUAAUUGUAUAUCAUAUAAUUGAUGAUGCACAAACCUUUCCUUGAUUGUAAUAAAAUUGUAUAUGAAACACAACUUAUUAAUUUCAGA